AUGUUUGAAGUAAGUGAAUCUCUCAUUGACGGAAGCCCGCUGAUUAAGGCAGCCCAAAUGGGCAAGCUUCGAUUGGUUAGACUUCUAUUGGAAGGGGGCGCACAUGUGAAUGAGUGCAAUGAGAAAGGCGAGACUCCACUGAUGCAGGUCUGCAAAGCUAGGCGAGAUGACCCGCUCAGCCAUACCCUGAAACUGACAAGGUACCUUCUAGACAACAAUGCUGACCCCAAUAUUCAAGACAAGAUGGGCAGGACGGCACUCAUGCACGCCUGCAUUGCACAGGUUGGAGCAGAAAUUAUGUCAGUCUUGCUCAGUCUGGGUGCAGACCCAUGCAUGGAGGACUACAAUGGCAUGUCUGCUCUUGUGUAUGCUAUUAAUGCCAAAGAUGAUAAGACAGUCAAAGUUCUCCUUGAUGCAUGCAAUGAACGAGGCAGGGAUGUCAUCAUCAUUUCUAAGGACAUGACGUCCUCUGGGAGAUCAAUCGCUAAACAGUACUUAAAUGUGCCGCCAUCUCCUGAUUUCGAGGGGCGGACCUCCCCGGUCUCUUGCAUGUCACCUUCGGAAAUUGAACUCAAAACUGGCUCCCCUUGCUCAGAUACUGAUGGGGAUAAUAUUUUUAACUUCAGAGUGGCCACUCAUAAAGAAUAUAACAUCCCACUGGCAAACGAAAGAGAGGAGGAACCACUAGAGUCCUUCAACAGCAAAACAAGGACACCCCACCAACAGCGCUUGCAUUCUGAGCCAUGGCUGGCUAUACGAAACCUAUCAGAACUUCAGUUGACUUAUGAACACCACCUAGAUGAGAACACCCAAAAGGAAGAGAACCUCUUUUCUGGGCUCAAAAGUCUGAGUGCCUUGAGGCGGCCUUCACUUCGCAAGAUCCACAGCAUGGAAUCCCCUGAAAGCCUGUUAACUGAGACACCCAAAACAUCAAUGGGUCCACCACAGUGGGCAAAGAGAAAAUUUCCCUUUGAGAAGGUGCCACGCUCAGGCCAAAUCCUCGCUUCAGGGGGGAGAAGAAAUACUCUCCCCACUGAACAGCAUCAAAAGUUUCUCCAAUUGCCUUCGCUAGCUGUAACAGGGGAACAGUGCCGCUCCGAUUCAUACCUUCCAGUCAUAGGCAGUACAUCAUCCAUCCCAGCAAAGCAAGAAUUGGUCACCAUGGUCCAAGGGCAAAAGUACCACACCUCCAUAUCAACCCACAGCUUACAUUUGACCUCCACUGACAUGUUUGAGGAUGAUCUUGGAAAAGAAACCAAGAGCCAAUUAGAGAAGAAAGUCUUUGAAGGGUCACCUGUGCUGCCAUCACAGUGUCGUUCAAAUUUCUUGCCACCUCUUGCAGUUCCUUUACCUUUGCAGAAGCCAAAAUCAUGUGUGAGCAAAUGGGUUACCUCAAGCACAUCCUCGGGGGAAGCUUUAAAAGUCCCUCGCUCUUCACUGUCUAAUCUGGCCAAGAGCAGUGGAGCACGAAUCAGGACGAUCUUACGGCGACACUCCAUUCAGGUGGAGCAGAUGAAAUCAACAGGCUACGAGGAGGAAGUGCCAAUGCAGUGA